AUGUCGUCCAAAUGGGACCCGCAGCAGCAGGAGGGGAAGGGGGAGGGCGGCGGUGAUCAGCAGAUAGCGCCGCAGAAGGGCGGGAAGAACGUGUGGCUGAUGAGGAUCCUGGUGGGCGGGACUAUUCUCACCAUUGGGACGCUGGCAAUGCUGGCCUUCGGCGCGAUCGCCAUCCCGACUGUCCUCCUGGGGGGCGGUUUGCUGCUGCUGGUGAGCCCCCUGCUGAUCGGCGGCGCGGUGCUGACGAGCCCCAUCUGGGUGCCCCUCGUCGGCCUCACCCUGACGGUGCCCCCAAUCCUGGGCACGAUCGCGGUCGCGUUCAUCACCUUCGUGCUCGGCGUCUACUGGUUCUGGAACUUCGUCCGUUCCAGCAAGACCCGCGAGGCGGCGGAGGAUCUCAAAGAGGGCAUGAAGGAGGCGGCCUACUGCGUGCAGCACCGCGUGUACGACACGUGUCACAGCGCGCAGCAGGCGGGCCAGCAGGCGCGUCAGCGCGCGCAGGAGUCGUCGUCGUCCUAGGAAUGUUUUGAGGCUCAAGGUUUAGUUUGGGGGGGAUCUGUUGGCGGUGUGAAAAGCUGUCUAAGGAGCGGGACGAAUUUUUGGGGAGAAGUAGAAACGGGAUCAGUCGGACUGCAUACGAGACGAGCAACGGCAAAUGAGAACAUUGUGCCACCGAAAGCCAUACGAAUGGUAUCUUAGCCUAGCCACAAAGCAUCGGUGUAAGUAUGAGAAGUUUUUAGACGCUCCGGUCAGCGAAGCCUUUGCUUCAUUCCAGGAAUACUGAUUGAACGAUCAGGAAUU